UGCACCAUGGGCACUUUUGCAUUAUUUAGAAAAUUUUCACCACGUUUUACUCGAUGUUACGUAAGAUAUCAACACGUUGACUCGUCGAAACUUUUCCUGACAGAAUUUGGGGAUCCUGCUAAAGUUGUCAAGAAGGAAGAGUUUGCUUUACAAUUGGCAGACAUGGCUAGCAAGCAAGUUCUUGUAAAAAUGCUUCAAGCUCCAAUCAAUCCAGCAGACAUAAACACAAUCCAAGGAGUGUACGGAGUGAAGCCUAACUUGCCGUUUACACUAGGGAAUGAAGGUUUCGGCAUCAUAGAAAAAGCUGGAAGUGAAGUGAAAAACCUAAAAGUUGGAGACUGGGUCAUACCUGGAACAAAUGCAUGGGGAACCUGGCGGUCUUAUGCACUUGAAGAGGAAAAGAAUUUGAUCAAAAUUCCAAAUGAUUUGGAUCCAGCCAUGGCUGCAACUUUAGCAGUAAAUCCUUGCACAGCCUUUCGAAUGCUCCAGGAUUUCGAAACACUUAGUAAAGGCGAUACAGUCUUGCAAAAUGCAGCCAACAGCGCCGUAGGACAAAAUGUCAUCCAAAUCGCCCGUCAUUUAGGUUUCCGGACCGUCAACAUAUUACGGAAUAGAGAAGGAAUCGAGAAAUUGAAGCAAGACUUGCAAGAUCUAGGAGCCGACUACGUUUUAACUGAAGAAGAAUUCCGGGCGUCCAAACUGUUCAAAAACGGAAAACUUGCUCAGCCGAAAUUAGUGUUAAAUUGCGUUAGUGGGAAGGCCGUGAUUGAACUCGUAAAAGCUAUGGCAGAAAACGGCACACUGGUCACCUAUGGAGGAAUGUCACGACAGCCGCUUAUAGUACCGACAUCUGCUUUCAUUUUUAAGAAUAUUCGUCUUGUUGGAUACUGGAUGACGCGCUGGAACUGGCAGCAUGGUUCUAACUCCACCGAACGGAAGGAUAUGUUGGCGAUGCUUUGCAACAUGGCUAAACAGGGGUCGUUGGUGGCACCCAAGCACGAAUUCGUGCCUCUAGAUUCUUUCCAAGAGGCACUGGCUCGAUCAUGUGAUACUACUCGCUUUCAUGAAACAAAAUUUAUUUUCAAGUUCUAACCUUAUUUAAACUUGAAUGUGUUCGCUAUGAAAUCAGUUAGAUGGAGUUUAUUUCAUUUGUUUUGAAGAUGAAAUCUUAAAGUACUCAGGAAAGUUUCUGUUUGGCCGCAAUUUUCAGUUUCAAAUUUCAGUACGUACCAAACUAACUCUUGCGAAACGACAACUAAACUUUCUUACUGGGAAAACAUCAGGCACUUUCACAACAUCGAUUCCGAUCUCGUUGAUACGCAAUCAUAUAGAAUUGCUUUGAUGUUUUUUUUAACAGCUGUUCUAAUCGCAAUGAAAAGUCCAUUAUACUAUUUGGUUUCCUAGAUUUAAAAACUAUAUUAUCUUACAGCUCCAAGUUCUAGAUGAGUAAUGUAAAAAAAAAAAAACUUCCUGAUGUGAGGAAACCUAUUGUCCUUAACAAAAAUAGAACAAACGGAAAAGAAGUUGAGGCAUUAUUUUGCAAAGAAGAGUGGAAGGACAUUACCAGAAAUCUCUAAAGAUCACGAACUUGAAAGUUGAAACGCGAUCUGAACUGGUCAACAUUGCUGAACUUUGAAUUUCCCUAAUUUCGAAUCGAUAAGACACACACAGUCUCGAUGGAAAAAAACAUUUUAUCAAAUAAUAGGAUUUGAAUCUUAUCUCUGCAUACCCCGUACGUCGUUGAUGAAAACUGUUUGUACACUUUUGUUUGGCGCCUUAGACCGGUUGGCCAUUUGGAAAUGUCGUAGAAUAACCGUUACAUUUAAUUGAAAUGUGACCUUUGAAAUACCCCAACGAUAAAUAUUUUAAGCCACGAAUAGACGGUAUCAUUGUUUGAUUAUGAACUAUUAUUUUUCUUACGAAAUAAAAAAAUCUAAACGACAAAACAAUCGUAAACAAUAUGUUCCAUUGUUCCGAAGAAACACUGAUGAUUCAAUAAAUUUGUCAAAUUAGCACACA